CGGCUCAGUCAGGACCCAGGUGCCGGGUCUAAAUUUCCGGGAGUCGUUCUCCGCGCGGAACAGACGCGGGUGUGAGGCUCGGCGACUCCGCGAGGGACCCUCUUCAGGGCGGGAGGGAACCGCCCCCUCGUCCGCCGCCCCUGCCCGCUCCGCCCGCUGAGCCCGAUGGCGGCGGCCGCGCCCAGGCGCCCGGCUGAGGGCUGGGUGACCUUUGAGGACGUGGCCGUGUUCUUCUCCUCGGAAGAGUGGGAGCUCCUUGAUGAGGCUCAGAGACGCCUGUACCACGAUGUGAUGCUGGAGAACUUGGCCCUGAUGGCCUCCCUGGGUUGUUGGCAUGGAGCCCAGAACGAGGAGGCCCUGUCUGAGCUCAGCAGUUCUUUACAAGGAGUCUCACAGGUCAAGACCUGCAAGGCAGGUGUGUCUCCCCCGGAGGCCCAUCCUUGUGAGCUGUGUGUUGUGGACGUGAGAGACAUUUUGCACUUCACUGGGCACCAUGGGCAGACACUGUACAGGACGGGGGCCUGUGAGGAACAGUUGGAUGUUAGUGCCAAACUUGAGCAUCAGAAGCAGUACAUGGGAGAGAUGUGCUUCAGAAGCCACAUGGACAGAGCCUCCUUUGGAAAGGACUGCAGAUUCUGUGUGUCCGGGCAGCCCGAUUCCUGUGAGGCGGUUGUGAGGGACUUCCUGGCCAGCUCAAGAUUCCUCCAGCAUCAGGCCGCACACACCAGGGAGAAGUCAAACAGGGGAACUGAGUGUGGAACAGCCUCUCAUAAGGAAAGAACUCUGUCUGACCCAGAAUACACUGAAGAUUUUAAUUGCAAACGCAAGCUUGUUCAAGACCAGAGAGUCCUCACCCAAGAAACAUGCCACGUGAGCAAUGAAUGUGGAAAAUCUUACAGCAAAAGCUAUAGUCUGAAUGACCACUGGAGAGUUCACACUGGGGAAAAGCCUUAUGAGUGUGGGGAAUGUGGGAAGUCCUUUAGGCAAAGCUCUAGCCUCAUUCAACACCGGAGAGUUCACGCCAGAGCGGAGCCUCACAAGUGUGAGUUGUGUGGAAAAUUAUUUAGCAACAAGUCCAACCUCAUUAAACAUCGAAGAGUUCACACUGGAGAAAGGCCUUAUGAGUGUGGGGAAUGUGGGAAGUCCUUUAGCCAAAGCUCUGCACUCCUUCAACACCGGAGUGUUCACACAGGGGAAAAGCCAUAUGAGUGCAGUGAAUGUGGGAAGUUCUUUACCUACAACUCCAGUCUCAUAAAACACCAGAGGGUUCACUCUGGGUCCAGGCCCUAUGCCUGCAGUGAAUGUGGAAAAUCCUUUACUCUAAAGUCUCGCCUGAUUGAUCACUCCAGAGUUCAUAGUGGAGAAAAGCCUUAUAAAUGCAGCGAAUGCGGGAAAUGUUUUAGCCAAAGCUCUGUGCUUCUUGAGCAUCAGAGAAUUCACACUGGAGAAAGGCCUUAUGAGUGCAGUGAAUGUGGGAAAUUCUUUACUCACAAUUCUAGUUUCUUAAAACACCAGAGAGUUCACACCGGGGAAAGGCCUUAUGAGUGCAAUGAAUGUGGGAAAUGCUUUACUUACAGCUAUACACUCAUCAAACACAGGAGAAUUCACACGGGAGAAAGGCCUUAUGAGUGUAGCCAAUGUGGGAAAUCUUUUAGCCAAAGCUCUGCACUUUUUCAGCAUCAGAGAGUUCACACAGGGGAAAGGCCUUAUGAGUGCAGUGAAUGUGGAAAAUUCUUUACUUACAGCUCCAGUCUCAUCAAACACAUAAGAAUUCACACUGGAGAAAGGCCUUAUGAGUGUAGCCAAUGUGGGAAAUCUUUCAGCCAAAGCUCUGCCCUUUUUCAGCAUCAGAGAAUUCACACUGGAGAAAGGCCUUAUGCGUGCAGUGAAUGUGGAAAAUGCUUUACUUACAGCUCUAGUCUCUUAAAACACAGAGUUCACACCAGAGAAAGGCCUUAUGAGUGUGGUGAAUGUGGGAUAUCUUUUAGGCAUAGUUCGAACCUCAUUAAACAUCAAAGAUUUGCCCUAGCUGGUUUGGCUCAGUGGAUAGAGUUUCGGCCAGUGGACUGAAGUGUCCCAGGUUAAUUCUGGUCAGGGGCACGUCUGAGUUGCAGGCUUGAUCCCUACUAGGGUGUUGCAGGAGGCAGCCAAUAAAUAAUUCUCAUCAUUGAUGUUUCUCUCUGUUCCUCUCUGGAAUCAAUUUAAAAAAAAUAAAGAUUUCACACUGCAUAAAGGCCUUGUGAAUAUUGCAUGUGGAAAAUAAUUUUACCUUCAACUCCAGGCACCUCCAGGUCUUAUUGCUUAAGCUACUGUUAAUAUUGAGGUUCUAGUCACUGUUUUGGGCCCUUUGAAGUUGACCUGUUUGCUAGUAUGAAGAGUUCAGCAUUGGUUGGGAUCCUAAACUUUGUGUGCCUCAGAGGGCAUAGUGUGAUGGCAGAAUAUACGUCUUCAGUUUUGGCCCAGUUUGCGUUGCUGCUCAUAGCCUUUAGGAAAGACAGCGGAGCUUUGUGGCCCUAUAUUGUAGCUUCGAGCCAUGAUUUGGGGGUUCUGAGUUCAACCUGAGAAGGGGGUCCUUGUGACAACCUUCAUGCUUCUGAGAGCAACAUAAACUUGUUCUCUUCACAGGGCCUCCUGUCUCAUCCUCAGCACUGGUGAGGGACCGUCUGUCCCUGCAGGUCCUGCAGUGGAGCUGUGGGCCCUGAGGUCCUGACUUCUGUAGGUACCAUCGCUGGUUUUAAGAUGACAGGGGCCAUGAGAAGGAUCAUUGUUGCAGAAACACUGGAUUCAGAGAGAAUGGAGGCGACUGCCACAAGUGGUUAG